AUGUGCAUCCUGGUGGCAGCGCUUGGCUGCCACCCGUCCUUACCUUUUAUCUGCGCCCACAACCGUGACGAGCAGCGCGACCGUCCGAGCCGAGAUGACGGCCUGGAGGAGGACUCCCAGCUUCUCUGUGGUCGUGAUGUCAAGGCCGGUGGAACGGUGCUUGGCGUCCAUGCCGUCGGCGGAGGCUUUGCAGCGCUGACCAACUGUCGGACAACUGUGAAAUGGCCUGAAGACGAGCGAACAUCCCGAGGACUCCUGGUGGAGUUCCUUGCUGCGAAUGGUACAGCCCAAGCAGAGGAGUUCAUCCGCUCCCGAAAGAUAGAUCCAUUUCAUGCUAUCGCUGGGCACAUCUUCUGCGAUUCCCCAGAAAUAUCCUACUUCUGGAGCGCUCCAGCAGAGGGGGUCCAGGGACAGGACGCAGAAGGGUGGUCCUCUGGCCGCAAAAUUCUGGACCGUGGAGUCUUCGUAGUGUCGAAUGAGAACCCCUUGGGUGAGACCUGGCCGAAGUGUGCGUGGCUUCGCCGCGAGGUGCAGGCCUUCCUGGAUCAGCUACCAGGCUCUCGCUGGACCAUCGCUGGAGUCUCACAUGUCCCACUCAAAUCUCGUGGCUUAAACGUGGGCCUACCAAAUAGAUCAUAG